AUGCUAGGUCUGCGAACUCAUGGUUUAGAUAGGUAUGAACAUUAUGUCCGUCAUCCGUCAGAUUUUGGCAAGCUUGAGCUACAAGAUUGGUUAAAUCACAAGUCAUUCCGAGUUUCGCCCAAUUUAUUAAUUGAUUCCAACACCACACGUGAGUGGAAUGAACCUGAGCUGUUUUAUCAGAAUGUGGAAACCCCUGAAACUUGGAUUAGGCCCUGUAGAGAACCAAAGCUAGAACCAUCCAUGAUGAUGCUCAGAUAUCACGAUUCGAAUAUUGGUCAAAUGCCUCAAUUUUGUUAUCCAAUUACCAGUCCAGUGAACUCUAAGCUAGUAUUAAAAUACAUUUUGCAAGAACGUGCUGAUUUGUCAAAUGAUUUCCCCCAAAAGUAUAACACCCUUAUGAGCAGCCUCUUUGAGGUUGACAAAAACCCAGAAACUCUAGAUGAUUCGGAUAUAGAAGCAUUAGAUGACAUAGGAAUGUGCAGUGAUAGCGAUGAUGCUAAAGAGCCAAAAAUUGAAUUACAGUUAUUAGAGGAAAUCCAACAAAAACACUUCAGUUUAAUAGUAUCAAACAAUGGAAUCUUUCAAGCGGGUAGGACAUCAAUAACAUAUAUACGGUAUGAUAUAUCGGAUAGCAUAGCCAUCAAACCCAACAACAUCGCAACUUUGAUCUUGCUCACUCAACCCAGUGGGCAUUUAUUAUCUCUCUUACCACUAGAUGAUGGUAAAGAGACAUAUUUGCUACAAUAUUGGAAUCUGGGACAAAAAGGCCAGUGGAACAUAAUUAAGCACCAGAACGAGAAGCAGUUUGUUCUUAUACAUAAGGAACUCGGUAUUUGUAAAUUUUUCGAAUUCCAUUUACCGUUUACUUUCCAAUUAGUAAACAAUUUAACAUUGACCGAUUCGAUGAUUAUGAACGGUUCCUUUUUCCCAACAAAUUAUUCUGAUUUGGAUCCAUAUUUCAUUAUAUUUAUAACAGCUAUGAGGUAUGACAGAAUUGUCUAUUUUGUAAUAGAAUGGAAUAAUAAUGAAAUAAAGAAGAAAGAGGUGUAUCAAUUGACUGUUUUUGAUGGUGAGAAAACUAAUAUGACUAUUCCUAUUGGACUGAAUGCUUGCCUUGUCGAAACACCUCUAAAAUUUUCUUUAGUCUCCGCAAAUCAAAUCAUGUCGGGAGAAACUGAAUUUCACUCCUUCCAAUUAAAGGCUCUAAAGGGAAUUAAGUCAUUUUUUCCAGCUCCUUUAUUAUUAACAAAAUUGCAAGAACUUGAUCCACAUAUAUUUGGAAAAUUUCAAUAUUGUACCGUAAUAUCCUCCUCAACGGGAAAUAUUUGUUUCUGCGUCACCGAACGAUCAACAAUAACAAACGGUAAUUUAAAAAUUUAUGAGCUAACGAGGUUCAAAGGAUUAAAAUCCAUUUCACCACUGCCUUCAAAUUCGAUAAAUCUAGACUCCAAGUCCUCGAGCUAUGCGCUAAUAGUUAUAAGUUUUAGUAGAACGUUGGAACUAACAUUAUCUUUGGAAGAUUUGAAAUGUUUAGAUACGAAAGGUGUUAUCAAGCCUUUGAAAAAUAUCACUUUCAAACAUACAGUCGAUAGUUCCACUGAGGAAAACUCUCAAAUUUUAGCAUUUACGUCUUCUAAAAUUUAUAACACACACACAGGCUCUAAUAUCAAUGACACAAAAAAUUCUCAAGUUUGGCUCACUUCACCAAAUGCAAUAACUCAGCCUUGCAUUGAUUAUAAACUCAGGAAGACUCACCAAGUUAUUCAUUUAAAGCAGUUUCAAAUUUUCAGGCAUCUGAGGAUCUGGAAAUGUAAGAAUCUUGAUAUUGCUCUGUUACACAGACUUGGAAUAAAACAAUCAAAAACCGAAAGUUCUUUGAUCUUUGCGACUGAUGCUGUUUCUAAUAAUAGGAUGUUCCUAUUAGAUUUAACUAUGACGACAACAAUUGAUAAUGAUGAUUCGGUCCAAGGAUUGAUAAAUAUAGAAGAUUUGCUAUGUGAUACGGAAAACGAAACUAUCCUUCUAAAUUUCACAAAAAAGAGCCUGAUUCAAGUAACUAGAGAUACAAUUUACAUCGACCCCAUUGAAAAUGAUAAAAAAAUGCUCAAAAUUUCUCCAGGCUGGGAAUUUGAAAACAUCGCAUACAAUGACGGCAUUUUAAUAAUUUGGAAUACUAAGCUUGGUCAUAUCUCUUUUAUCAAAAAUAUAGACGCAGUUGAUGAACCCAACGUCCCUGUUUCACACUUAACUAGUAGCAGAGGCAUGUGCAUGUUCUUUAAGCAGUUGGGAACUAUUACGAGUAUAGAUUUUGAGAUUAAGGAGUCUACAGAUGAUCGAACUAAGUAUGAUAUUUGGAUACUUUUACCAAACCGUGUCAUUCGUACACCCUUUUCCAGCUGGAUCAAUGAUUCACUAGAUUUUUCCGAUGAGUAUGACUUGAACGUUCAGCAGGCGUUAAUUAACGGCCCUUAUUUCUGUUGUCUCGAUUAUGAAUCAUUCUUUGAAGUAUGCACUUACCAAAACAACUGCUUCAAAAAAGGUUCUAGGUGUACGAGCAGGGUUAAUUUUCAAGGAAAAGACAUCAAACUUAGAAGUUUUGGUAAGAAUCAAUGUUUGGCAUUUAGUGCAUUUGAAAUUUUUGUUAUUAAUUUAACACCAAUUCAUCAAAGUAAAGAAUUGGAUUUCUACAAGCUAAAACUACCGCAUCUAGGGAAUUUCAAUUCUAUUGUUGAAGUCUGUCCAGACGUAGACAACAACCGAUUAUUUGUACUCUACUCUGAUGGCUUAAGAGUCCUUGAACUAUCAUACCUAACUUCGAAUAAUGGAAAUUUCUUAUUGAAGUCUACAAGGAGUAAAAAUAAGAAAUUCUUGUACCUAGACAAAAUAAAUCGAAUGCUCGUAUUGAACCAGGACUUGAGGGAAUGGGAGUGUAUUAGAUUAUCUGACGGUAAGGCAGUUAGUUUAGAUUCUCAACUUCUCAAGGACGAUUCCGAAGAAAUUCUAGAAAUAAAGGAAAUACCAAUAAUGACCGAGGAAAACCCUUUAGAAAAGAAAACAGUAUUAUUAAUUUCGUUUACGAAAUCACUUAAACUAGUUCUAUUAACUGCAGCAAAAAACAAAAUAUCCAAUGAAAUAAUAGACUCGUAUAAAUUUGAGAAUUCAAGACUGCUGGAUCAUUUAGUUGUUACUCCUCAAGGUGAAAUAUUCAUUCUGAAUUAUAAAGUUAUGGGCACUGAUAACGAAAUGUCUUUUCACAAGUUGAAAGUCACAAAGCAUUGCAGUGAUAAUAAGGAGGGAAAUAAUACAAAUUUACAGAUUACCUUAGAAAACCGAUUUACAUUCAAGAGUUGGAGUACAGUUAAGACGUUUAAUGUAAUAGGCGAUAAUAUCAUCGCUACCACAAACCUGGGUCAAAAGCUCUAUUUAAUUAAAGAUUUCUCUUUGUCCUCCGAUGAAUCGACGAGGGUGUAUCCCCUAGAACUAUAUCCAGAUUCUAAAGUUCAAAAGAUAAUACCAUUAAAUGAAUGCUGUUUUGUUGUUGCCGCCCAUUGUGGAAACAGGAACGAUUUAGAUUCCAGGUUGAUUUUCUAUUCUCUGCCCACCAUAAAAGUUGGGCUCAAUAAUGAAACAAUUAGCCUACCGGAUGAAUACGGGAAUGGGAGAGUCGACGACAUAUUCGAGGUAGACUUUCCUGAAGGGUUUCAAUUUGGAACUAUGGCUUUGUAUGAUGUUUUACAUGGAGAGAAGCAUGCAAAUCGUUUUAGCAAUGGCAUAGGAUCCGAUAACGAUGAAGCAGAGGCGGCGCUAAGAAAGCGUAAGAAUUUACUUCUAUUUUGGCGAAACCACUCUACAACACCAAAACCUCCACUACGAAGAGCAACCACUAUGGUAUAUGAGGAUCAUGUAUCAUCCCGUUAUUUUGAAGAUAUAAGUUCUAUUUUAGGAAGCACUGCAAUGAGAACUAAAAGACUAUCUCCAUACAAUGCAAUAGCGCUGGAUAAGCCUAUUCAGGAUAUUAGUUAUGAUCCAGCAGUGCAUACUUUAUACGUAUUGAUGACAGAUCAAACCAUCCACAAAUUCGGUAAGGAUAGGUUACCUUACGAGGACGAAUACGAACCAAGAUGGAAUUCAGGCUACUUGGUUUCAAGGAGGUCAAUAAUUAAAUCAGAUCUCAUUUGUGAGGUUGGGUUAUGGAACCUUAGCGACGAUAUUAAGAACACAAUAUAA